UCCACCAAUUGUGGAGGUAGUAAGCACAAGUAAGAACCUGAAAUGACUGUGGAAACCACUGCAUGGAUUCAAAUGUGAAUACAACAGCUGUUCAAAAUGUCAUGGUCUUAGUUUUCUGUUUUGUUUACAGUCAUGUCAUAUUGUGCUUACUAGUGGUGAAGUCUAGGGUAUACUCCAGCCUCAUAAACCAAAGCCAGGUCAGGUUCACAUAUAUGUGCACGCGCACACACACACACACACACACACACACACACACACACACACACACACACACACACACACACACACACACACACACACACACACACACACACACACACACACACAGCAGCUCCUUUAUUUCAAACUAUCAAUUAGAUACUUAUAGACAUUAUAGCGUCAGCAGCUCCUCUUCCUGCCAUCAGGUAGAGCUGAUGUUUCCUCUUCAUCAGGCUCCCUUUUCUAAACGUUAACCUUAUCUCCAGCUGUAGUUUCCUAAAGCGGCAGUAUUCACAGGACAAGCAGCAGGCUUAUUAAAACACUGAAAUAGUUUCAUUUGGCUUUGCUUUCUUUUUGUUAUUUUUUCUCCACUGACUGGUGUUGGAUUAUUAGAGGUUGUUGACUGAUGUCCCUCUUCUUCGAAGCCAGGGGUCAAAGGCGGACUUAUCAUUAGGCAAACACAGGCAAUUGCCUGGGGCCCCAAAAUUUCCAAGGGCCCCCAAACGUCUCAUGAAAGCUGAUUAAUAAAGGCGUUUUUUUUAUUUGAAGCAAUUACUAUUUUUUUAGUCUUAAUUUGCACACUUAAAAAUAAAUAAAAAUGGUUGAUCUAUCACUAUCAUGAUCGUUAUUCCCCCCUCCUGUCUCGCGCAAUGGACUUUUCCAUGUUACUGCGCACGCACAGGCUUGAUUCAGGAAGAUGGCAGCAAAACAAACUUGUUGGCGCGGUUUUGAGAGAGCGGGUGAGCAGUGAGACAGAUGAAGCGGAGUUAUCUGAGUGGAGCGGAGAAGAGAAGAAGGCGAGAAGAAAAUAAACAGUUUUUAUCAAAACUACCAAAAGUAUCAACCUUUUUCACAGUGACACCGAGUGGGGAUUCUCUGCAACAGCUAGAGCUAGACGCUGCUGUCAGUAGCAGCUCUGCUGUCAGUGUCAGCCGAGGAGAUGUGGCGAGUGAAGCAAGGGAUUCUUUUCAUGAAGAUAAUGAGACAGUGAUGGACCCAGGAAAGGACCAGUCUCGCUCUCGGGACGAUGAACAGGAGAUGGAUUGUGAGACACCAACACUCACUCAGCAGUUUAGUGGUCACGUUGUUGAUCAAUAUUCCCCACUUGAAGAUGAUCCUGCACUCUGGCCGAAACAGCUUUCAGACAAUGAGCGCUGCUCAAUUGUGCAGAAAGGUCCUGUUCAGAUCCAGGACAAAAAUGUUCCAAGGAAUGAAGAGGGCCGCAGAUUUACUAAUAACUACUAUUAUAUGAACAUGAGGAAUGGAGAAAAGAUAUGCAGGUCCUGGCUGAUGUACAGUGAAUGUAAGGACAGUGUUAUCUGCUUUUGUUGCCGUGUGUUUGGUAACAAAGACAAGAGCACUCAGUUAAGUGGGGAUGGAGUUAGUGACUGGAAGAAUCUUUCAGUUACCCUUAGACAACAUGAGAAAUCUGCUGAACACAUUGCGAACAUGGAAAAAUGGCGCACUCUAACACAGAAGCUACAGACGAAAACAGCCAUAGAUCAGGUUCAUCAAAAUCUACUUGCUCUUGAAAUAAACCGCUGGAGAGAGGUCUUGACAAGAUUAAUUGCAAUUGUGAGCCAUCUUGCAGAGCGUAAUCUUUCAUUUCGUGGACACUCAGAGCGAUUGUUUGAGGCUGGCAAUGGAAACUUCCUUGGGCAAGUGGACUGAUGGCUCAGUUCGACCCAAUCAUGCAGGAGCAUCUGAGGAGAAUACAGACAAAAGAACAAAGUGAGACUUUUCUCAGUCCUAGCAUUCAAAAUGAAUUAAUCUCCCUUGUUGCAAAGAGCACAAUAGAUACAAUUGUGAAAAAAGUCAAGAAUGCCAAAUAUUAUGCUGUAAUCAUGGACUGCACACCAGACGUCAGCCACACUGAGCAACUUUUCAGGUUUUUAUUUGUUAAAAAAGUUUAAAAUAUCCAAUAAAUUUCGUUCCACUUCA